CCCGGCCUGCUGGACGCGCACGGCUUCAACCUCACCUUCGAGGCCGCGCAGCCUGGGGCGGGCGCCCCUCGGCCCGGCUGCAGCGUGGCCGCCUGCUCCUUCGCCGGGCACUGCUACGCCAGCGCCGACUACAGCCGGUACGAGUGCUCGUGCUUCGAGGGUUUCUUUGGCGCUGACUGUAGUCAGGGAGCUCUUUGCCAGCCGGGAAAACACUUCUGCAGAAGUGGAGAACAGUGCAGGCAGCUGGGGUCCGAGACGUCCUACUGCGUGCCGCUGUGCUCUCCCGGCGAGGACUGCGCUGGAGGCGACGAGACCGGUGAAUACGUCGGUUGCAGGUCGGGAGGAUGCGUGACGCAGUGCCCCUACCAGGCCGGCCAGAGCAAGCCCUGCCAGUGCGCACAAGGCUCUGCGCAGGCAAGCGACCGAGCCAGGUACCAAGCAACCGUGAGGUUGGCCAACGUUACAGCUCUUAAAGACGCUGUGCGCACCGUUACACCUUCCAUUCAGGCGACACUGGAGAAGCAGAUAAGAAAUUAUAUUUCGAAAUAUUUGAGAUCUGGCAUUGCGAACUUCACUCAACUUCGGGUGUUAAAUAUCAGCUCGACGGGGGAGGUGCGGUUCCACUUCUGGGCGGGCCGCGGGGAGGGCGGCAAGGUGCGUGACCUGCUCAACCGGCUGGUGGAGCGUGGCAGGCUGGCCAACCUCACGCUCGCGCCCACGCACAUCGCCUUGCGGCAGGAGCCCACGCUCGCGCUGCAGAGCGUGAGGACCGCGGCGGUGCGCGAGGGGGAAGCCUUCAACCUGACGUGCACGGCGCAGGGCUCGGCCUCCCUGCAGUUCCGCUGGUUCAAGGACGGCGCCGCCGUCAGCGUGCGGAGGGCCAGCAGGGUGAUGUGGGAGGAGGUGGCGCAAGGCGACUCGCAGGACCAGUACGUGUCCGUACUGGGGGCGCAGGCAGCCAGGCGCCUGGACGAGGGCCGCUACACAUGCCAGGUGGUGGAGUGGGGGGUGCAGCAGUGCCGGUCGGCGACCCUGGCCGUGCUCUCGGCCCCGGAGGUCAUCGUGGUGCCUCGCAGCCUCACCGUGCGCAAGGGCCAGAACGCCAGCAUCGUGUGCGUGUCGCGGCAGGACGGGCGGCGCGAGCGCUUCGGCUACAACUGGACCAAGAACAAGGCGCUGCUCGGGGUGACUCCCGGCCGCGAGGUGUGGGAGGACCUGCGACCCGCCGGCAGCAUCCUGCGGCUCUUCGACCUGCAGCGCUCGGCGCGCUACGAGUGCCUGGCGCACGGCCGCCGCCCGGCGCGCGCCGCGGUGGUCGCCGUGGACGUGCUGGGGGCGGGGCUGCCCGCCUGCCCGCCCCAGGCCCGCUGGCCGCUCACGGCGCCGCACGGCGUGGCGCUGCUCGCCUGCCCCCCGCCCGCCGCCGGCACCGCCUCCCGCCGCUGCGCGCUGCGCGACGGAGCCGCCGCCGCCUGGCUGCCGCCCGACCUGUCCGGCUGCGCGCGGCCCGGCCUCGCGGCCCUGCGCGACCAGGUGGAGAGCUUGACCCUGGGCUACGAGACCACGAAUGUGUCGGAGAGUCUAUGCCAGUGCCUGCGGUACCUCGAAGAGCAGCCGUCCCCUCUGCCAGGCGAGGGCAAGACGGUGGUGUCCUUGCUCAGGACGUUGCAGGACUUCCUUCUGCACACCAAGGACCGGGAGGACUUCCUGGCCUCCAAGGACACGUUCCUGCGGGUCAUCAACGCCCUGCUGGAGGACAGGCGGUCUCUGACGGACCAGCAGAGCGUGGCGGAGCUGCAGAGCCUGGUGCGAGGCACGGGCCUUCUGUGGGCCUCGGUGCUCGGCUCCGGCCACGCAAGCUUCAGCUGCGUCACCUUGGACGUGCUGGGGGCGAGCGGUCCGGGGGCGGUCCACCUGCGCUUCCCGCUGGCGAACCUCAGCUAUCCAUCGUGGCUGCUUGAUCGAUUCGACCUUCGCGUAUUGCCUGCUGCUGCAGAAACACUGAAAAAUUUCACCAUCAUAGUUCAAGUGUACAAAAACCUGGCGGAUUUUCUGCAUCAGAGGGAUGUUGGGAGAAGAAGGGACGGGCAGGAGUUCCAGUACGAGAUGAUAUCGCGCGUGCUGAGCGUGGAGGUGCGCGAAGAGAGGGAACAAGUGUCGCUGGAGCUGGAGUUGGAGCUGGAGCUGGAGCUCGUACGGCCGGGACGCAACUGCAGCGACUGCGAGGUGGCGUGCGCCGUGCGGCCCCUGGGGGCCGGGCCACGGGCCUGGGACCUGGAGGCGUGCUCCACCGUGCUGCUGCCGGCCGAGGCGCGCGCGCUGUGCCACUGCCGCCGGCCGGGUUCCUACACGCUGCUGCUGGUCGGCCGCGUAGCCACGGCAGGGCGCGAGCCAGGCGAGAGUCCCCAAGCGGUCGUGCUGCUAGGCUGCGCGCUGUGCCUCACGCAGACGGCUCUGGCGCUGCUGCUGCUGCUGCCGUGCUGGUGGCGCCACCGCAGCUGCCUCGUCUACCUCAAGCUGCAGUGCUGCACUGCCACGUCGGGUGCCAUGGGAGUCCUCAUCUACGCUGUCAGAGACUCCAUUCCGCAGAGCAGUUUCCCUUAUGUAUCAACUAGUCUGGAAGCACUGCUGCUUAUUGGGAUGUCUUCUCACCUUAGUAAAGUUCUUAUUGUAUACACCGAAGUGGCCCACAUGCCAAAGGUGCGCUACUUGAAGAAAACUGUUGUCAGCAUUAUUACAGGUCUGCCUGUGAUCGCAGUUUUCUGCAGCCACCUGGCAUAUAACUCUCUAGGGCUGCAGCUGCAUUCCUGGUGGCUACUAUAUGGCACGGUGCUGUUCAACAUGUUCGUCACUGCCAUGACUGUCAUGUUCGCAAUGUUCGUCUUCUUGUACUUCAGCGUCAUGCGUCGCCUGCAAAUUGUCUGUGAUAAGAAGCUUCUUGAUACAUCUGGUGUUACACGCAGGGUCGGUCUGCUGAGGCGAGGAGCCACGAUAUUCUCCUUCAUGCUAGUUGUAGAUGUUUCGAGCGUGUGCUACGUUAAUCUGCAUUCCAGGAGCUACCACUACAUUUUUAGUCUAUCAAGUGCCUUGUUGGGUUCCAUCAUAUUUGUAUGCUACAUCUGGAAGAGCGAAACGCCGCUGUGUUUCUGGAUGCUGUUCAAGUUAAAAGUCGGAGAAUCCUCUAAAGACACAAAAUCUAACUCGUGUUUUCUAAACUCAACCAUCACGAAACAAGUGGAAGCCAUCAGACCUCAGAGAGAGCCUCCCUGGCCACACACUGCGUGUUCCCAGAGCGACGAUGCAGCCAAGAGCAUAGCUGUGUCUGUAGACUUCGAAAUGGAAACCAGGAGAAAAAUGGCGGGACGCGCCCCGCUGCCGGACGUGGCGCCGUGCCGCGAGGAGCUGCCCGCGCUGCCCGGCAGCCCGCGGAGGCCCCAGCCAGUGCUCGCGGCCAAGGUGAGCGUGGAGCUGGGGCUCGCCUCCAUCCCGCCCCCAGCCGUGCUGCUGUGCAGCGUGGACGUGGAGCGCAAGCCCGCCGCGCCGCGCGGCGAGGAGCCGGACGACGGGCGAGGCCUGCCCUCGGCGGUGCUGGCCGUGCUACUGCCGGACCACACAGACGAACCCCCCUGCUCACCCGCCACCCAGGGAGGUGCAGGCGAGGCGCCGCCCGGCCCUGUGACCGGCGAUCAGCCCCCGCCAGAGACGAGCCACAUUGACUGCAUGCUGGACAGGAUAUCGCACGACCUCGACUUCCUCCUGGAGAGAAGCAACCAGGAAGACAACAGCGAUGACAAAAGUGUGUGUCUUUCCAUGUUUGACUGAUCGAAACAGACGGCCAUUUUAAACGUGAAUGACGAUCUGGCUAAAGUCUGCAACCCAAACCAUCAAAUCUGUUACCCGGAUCCGGAUGAUUAAAAAUCACUCUGUCUUUGAUUCACUCUAACCUGCAUGUAUCUUGACACAAUUACUGACUGUACAUAGUAUAUUAUAUUUUUGUACUAAAGAAAUAAUUAAUGUCAUACGUGAAUUUCUGUAUUUCUUGCUGUAACUGAAAUAUACAUAUAUUUUAUUUCCUUCAAUGUAAUAAGA